GUGGAGAUCAACCUUGGCAGGAUCACGAACCACUGAUAUCUUCCCGUCAUAGGAUAUCAUCAUUCUGCCCAGGCACGACUAAUUUGAUGUGUUGAUGAUGCAGGACAGCAAAAGAUGGGAGCCGGGAAAGCGUAUUUAAGGAACUUCCCUCGCACCGCAAAUUGGGCUGCCCGCACACUUUUCUCGCCAUCAUGUUUAGUACCACGGUCCUCCUGUCAGUCUUCGUUGCUGCGAAAGCAGUCUUUUGCUCGCCUGUCCAAAGGCGGGCUGGAUAUGCGGUGAAGGAGACCCAUUUCGUGCCGCAGAAAUGGAGCAAGAUUGGGAAAGCUGCAGAUGAUUUCAGAAUUCAUCUGAAUAUCGGCCUGACGCAGGGCAACUUCCAUGAGCUAGAGCGCCACUUGUAUGAAGUAUCCGACCCUGACCAUGAUCGAUAUGGCAAGCACCUCAGCUAUGAGGAAGUCAAUGACUUGAUCAAACCCAGUGAAAAGAGCUCAAGCCUAGUUGAAGAUUGGCUGAGAGACAACGGGAUCGAAAAUCUCAGCUACAGCUCAGCCAAGGAUUGGGUUUCUGUCUCCCUUCCCAUCUCGACUGUUGAGUCUCUCCUUGACACCGAAUAUCAUGUUUAUGAACACGAGGACGGCGGUCAGCUUGUGCGAACAUCAGAAUGGUCGUUACCAACCCACUUGCACUCGCACAUCGAUUCCAUCCAACCAACGACGUCGUUCAUGCGAGCUUCUGGUCAAAAGACGGAAUUCCUCCAAUUCCCUCCAUGGAUCUCGGCAGAUUACACACCACCAACCAAUGAAACCAUCUCCAAAGUCUGCAAUAUAAGUUCCGUUACCCCAGAAUGCUUCAUGAACCUAUACUCGACCAAAGGCUACAAGCCUAAAGUUCCUGGUCUAAAUACAGUUGGAUUCAACAACUUCCUCGGCGAGAUCCCCAUCCGUCCUGACGCAUAUCAAUUCUUGCAGAAAUACCAUCCAGGAGCGGAAUCGGCGGCCUAUCGAUUCCCUCAAAUCUCCAUCGCAGAUGGUCCGGUGCAAGAUGGACCUCUAACGCUGAAUCAGUCCCUCGAAGGAACUUCCAGAGAGGCAAACCUAGACGUCCAAGCCAUAGCUGGAAUUAGCGAUCCAACGCCAAUCAUUUCAUACUCCACUGGCGGCAGUCCUCCCUUCAAUCCAGACAUUAGUACAACGGACAACACAAACGAGCCUUAUCUCGUCUGGUUGAACUACGUCCUAGCCCAACCCAUUGUCCCACUCGUGAUCAGCACUUCCUACGCAGAUGACGAACAAACAGUCCCGAAAGCCUAUGCUGAACGAGUCUGCAAACAGUUCGCUCAACUAGGCGCAAGAGGCGUUUCUGUGUUGUUCGCUUCAGGCGAUAGAGGUGUGGGUAUAAAUAAUACAUGUAUUAGCAAUGACGGGAAGAAUACCACCACGUUUGUCCCCCUGUUCCCAUCAGGUUGUCCUUAUGUAACGACUGUUGGCGCAACACAUCAAUUCGAACCUGAAGUCGUGGCUUUCCGUCCCGGGUAUUUCGGAGCGGAUGGUGCGUAUCGGGAGAUCUAUUCCAGUGGUGGGGGAUUCAGUAACUAUUUUGAAACGCCGAGAUAUCAAGCGAGGGUUGUGAGGGAGUAUGUGAAGAAUUUGAAUGGAUUGUAUGACGGUCUUUAUAAUAAAGGUGGUCGUGCAUACCCUGAUCUCGCGGCACAAGGACAAUACUUUGCGUAUGUCUGGAAUGGGACGGAAGGUGUAAUCAGCGGGACUAGUGCUUCGACGCCUCUGAUGUCUGGCAUCAUCUCAUUGGUGAAUGAUGAUUUGCUUUCCAACGGCAAAGCACCUCUUGGAUUCUUGAACCCUUGGCUCUACACUCGUGGAUACAAAGGAUUCACUGAUAUUACCAGUGGGAGUGCAGCUGGUUGUGGGGUAGAUGGCUUCAAUGCUACCGAAGGCUGGGACCCCGUCACUGGAUUCGGGACCCCGAUCUUUCCUCUACUGACGGACUUGGCAAAGAACUGAAAGAACGGAAACAAACAGAGAACAUUGUAGCGCAAACAAUAGUCU